AUGCGUGCCUCUUUUGUUGUUACGGCUCCUUUGCUGGCCGCGGCCGUCCAUGGCUAUGCAGCACCCGGGGCCUGCUCGGGGGCUUGUAACAUCCAUGACCCCAGUCUGAUCAGACGCGAGUCGGAUGGCAAGUACUUUCGGUUUUCCACGGGAAAUAAAAUCUCGUACGCCUCGGCUUCGUCCAUCGAGGGUCCCUGGACCACGAUUGGGUCCAUGUUACCCGACGGGUCGAGUAUUGAUCUCCCCGGGAAUGACGAUCUCUGGGUGAGUGCCCAUGCCACAUGGACUGGUGUCCCACAUGCUAACAGAGAGUACCAGGCCCCCGAUGCGCAAAUCGUCAAUGGCGUCUACCACGUCUACUACUCCGUCUCGUCCUUCGGCAGUCAGAACUCGGCUAUCGGUCUGGCGACAUCCACCUCCAUGGAUGCCGGGACCUGGACGGACCACGGCAGCACAGGCAUCCAAUCAAGCUCGUCCAAGAACUAUAAUGCCAUCGACGGGAAUCUGUUCAAUGACGGCGGUACCUAUUACAUGAAUUUCGGCUCUUUCUGGGCCGACAUCUUCCAGGCGCCGAUGAAUUCUGCGGCGACGAAGGUGGCCUCUUCCUCCUACGGUAUUGCAUAUGAUCCGAGUGGAACGCAUGCGGUGGAGGGCUCGUAUCUCUACAAGUACGGCAACUAUUACUAUCUUUUCUACUCGUGGGGAAUUUGCUGCGGAUACGAUACGUCCCGGCCGGCGGCGGGACAGGAGUAUAAGAUUAAGGUCUGCCGAUCGACUUCGGCGACUGGCAAUUUUGUCGAUGCUGACGGGGUUGCCUGCACCAAUGGUGGUGGCACUGUGGUGCUGGAAAGCCAUGAUAAUGUCUACGGUCCUGGUGGACAGGGUGUCUUCACGGACCCGAAUCUUGGGCCUGUGCUUUACUAUCACUAUGUCGAUACUAAUAUUGGAUAUGCCGAUGGUCAGAAGCUGUUUGGCUGGAACGUGUUGGACUUUUCGAGCGGAUGGCCGGUGGUCUAA